CAGACGUGGGCUGGGGGCUGACGCAGCGCGAGCCCCGCGCCCAGAGUCCUCAGUGGAGCCGCAGUGUAGGCGACCCCUGGAACCUGGCCCGGGGACGUCGUGGGAGGUGGGAGUGCCACGCGUCUGUCGGCCCUGGCGUGGUCCCCUCUGUGCACGGACGUAGCGGAGAGAGAGAGGUGCGGUCGCUGGCUUUGUGCCCCGGUGUCUGAGUAGGGGGAACACGGCUCCUGCGAGAUGCCUGUGGUGAAGAAGCACUGGAGGAAGGGCCUGGGGACUCCUCAGGACGCCUCGGAGAAGGCCCGGGAGCAGCUGGCCGAGGCCGAGCUCCGCAAGCUGAGGCAGCAGUUCAGGAAGAUGGUGGAAAGCCGCAAGUCCUCCAACUUCCGCAACCAGAAGAUGAUCGCCGGGCAGGUCAAGGAAAUCCAGGCCCUGAAAGCCGAGCAGGAUGAGAUCACGCUGCUCCUGAGUCUCUUGAAGUCCUCCAAGAACUUGCAAAUGAACGAGAAAAACUACAUGGAGCUGCGGUUCCUGCUGCAAACCAAGGAGGAGUACGAGGCUUUGAUCAAGUCCAUGAGGGUUCUCUUGGCCGAGCUGGAUGAGAAGAUUGUGCAGAUGGAAAAAAAGAUCAUCAGCCAGAAACAGGUCUUCGUGAAGAUGCAGGAGGUCCACAACCCCCGGAAGCUGCAGAAGCAGAUCCAGAUCCUGGAGACCCGUCUGAACCUCGUCACCGUUCACUUCGACAAGAUGCUGACCAGCAACGCCGAGCUCCGGAAGGAGAUCGAGGCCCUGCGGUUCGAGAAGGCCGCCUACGACAACGCCUACCAGCAGCUGCACCGGCGCCUGCUGAUGCAGAAGAAGACGAUGAACCUGGCCAUUGAGCAGUCGGCGCAGGCCUACGAGCAGAGGCUGGAAGCCAUGGCUCGGAUGGCUGUCAUGAAGGACCGGCAGCAGAAGGACAUCUCACAGUACAACCUGGAGAUCCGGGAGCUCGAGCGGCUCUACGCCCACGAGACCCAGCUCAAGUCCUUCCUGCUCAUCAAGCUGAACGACCGCGUUGACUUUGAAGAGCAGGCCAAGAAGGAAGAAGCGCUCAAGGCAAAGAAGCACGUGAAGAAGAAGAAGGGCGAGAGCUUCGAGAGCUACGAGGUGGCCUACCUCCGCCUGCUGAAGCUGGCUGAGCACGGGACCAUGAACCAGCUCAUCGAGGAGUUCCUGGCCAAGGAGGAGAAAAACUUUGCUCGGUUCACGUACGUCACGGAGCUCAACAACGACAUGGAGAUGAUGCACAAGAAGACGCAGAGGAUCCAGGACGACAUCAUCUCCUUGCGCUCGCAGCAGAAGUCUUCCCACGAGGACAGCAGGUCCGUGCUGAGGGAGCUCGAGGGGAAGCUGACCAAGACCACGGAGGAGGCGGACCUGUGCGAGGGCAAGCACCGGGAGAUCAGCAAGAUCCUGGACUUCCUCAAGGGCUCUGUGGAGAAGUUGUUCAAGAAGAUCCACUGUGACGCCUCCAAGAUCCUGGUGCAGCUGGGUGAGACGGGCAAGGUCACCGACGGCAACCUGCAGCAGUACCUAGCCAUCAUCGAGAAGAAGACCAACGACCUGCUGCUGCUCGAGUCGUACCUGCGCAUCCAGGAGGCGGAGGGCGCCGAGAGCGAGGCCCCCACGCCCUUCGUCAACCCCUUCUGGGGCGGCUCCUCCUUGCUCCGGGUGCCGGAGCCCGCCAAGGUCAUCCCGCCCGUGUUCGGGGCUGAGCCGCUCAGCGACAAGCUGGACGACGUGGAUCAGCCGCUGGACCACGGCAGCCUCCGGCAGCUGGUGCUGGACACCUACACGCUGAGGGAGGCGCGCAGCAAAGACGGACGCGGGGACAGCCUGCACGAGAAGGCGGACGAGCCGCGGGCGCGGAAGAAGGCGGCGGCGUGAGGAGGGGCCCGCACACAAUACACGCAUUCUCCAACUUC